AUGUCAAGAACAAACGUGCCAGAAGAUCAGUCCAACCGAAAUCGUUUAAUUAAUGACGAAGCCAAGAGAAUUGUUGUUUCUCUGGCUGUAGGAGCAGCUUCGCUCAUUUCUGUUCCUCCAGUUGCUACAGCAACUAAUACCCUAGUCACUCACGCAAUCGAUGUAAUCAAUGGCGACUCAGAAUAUCCGGUAGAAAGGCUGAUGAACAUUCGUCCAAAUCACAUUAAUGAUGUAAUGGGUCUCGCGCGAAGUCAA